GUCCCGCGGGAAUCUAAAGCGAAUGUCAACAUACUCAAACUACAAUUUUAUUCUUCACGCUAUAAUUCUUUUAAAACAACAAUCAUGCCUCGCUCAAACGAAACAGAGUGGUGGGUGAAUGCUGUUUAUGAGACUAUUAUGAAGAUACCGUACGGGCGCGUUACAACAUACAAACAUAUUGCGGAGCUACUAGAAACACCGCAGCGAGCUCGCCAAGUAGGCACAUGUUUGUGGAAUCUCUCUCCGGCAGUUGACCCUUCCAGCAAUGAGCAAGGAGCGUCAUUAUACAAUCUAGGAAAUGUUCCGUGGCAGAGAGUGAUAAAUUCUGAGGCCAUGAUUUCGCAUCGUGGUGGGAAUUGGGCGAAUGUUCAAGCCCAAACGUUAAGAGGAGAAGGUGUACAUGUUUCCACAGAUGAAAUGGGAUAACACCAUAUUGACAUGUCGGAUUUUGGUUGGUUCCCUUCUUCCGUAAGCUCUGAUGACGAGGAGUUUGAA